AUGGCUCUUUUGCCAGUUUUUCUCAACGUUACUUCGACAGUUUUGCAUGUUUUGCCUUCAGAGAAGCAUUCUUACACUUGUCAAACUCUUGAUUUCUGGCCUUCUGAGAAAUGCGACUAUGGGAAUUGCAGCUGGGUGGAGAUGGGACUCAUGGAUCUUGAUUUUGAAGAUGAGCUUUUGAACAAUGCGACAAAAAUGCUUGGAAAUGAAUCUUUACUGAGAGUUGGAGGAACGCUUUGCGAUCACGUGGAAGUCGACACUGCUGAUAGAUCGACGACUUGGGGGUCUUGCACUUGCCCUGAUCCAAAUGACCCGACAGAUCCGCUUUGUUACUUUCCUUGGGUGGGACAUGGUUAUCCAGACGGCAGUUUUUCCGGCUUUGGAAAAGCCUGCCUCCCUGGUGGCCGAUUUGAUAUUCUAAUGGACUUUGCGGAGCGGAACAAGAAAAAGCUCGUGUUCGAUCUUUCAGCUGAAUUUGGCCGGACACUUGUUGGACCGACAAUUUGGGAGGGCGACUGGGACUCUGCAAACGCAAGAGCUCUGUUCGAAUACAUCAAAAACCAGGGAAAAGAAGAUCUUUUCUACGGCUUCGAAUUGGGAAAUGAAGUUUGGGGAGUCAAAACUGGCGAUGCUCAUUUUACUCCCGAAAACGCAGCGAAAGAUUAUGCUCUGUUGAGAAAAGAGCUUGAUGAAGUCUUUGGGCCUGGAAGAAUGAAGAUCUUGACGUUAUCAGGAAAUUGGGAAUAUAUUUUUAUGACCGAAUUCAUCGAAAAAUACGACGGCUGGGAUGGAGUUGCUUGGCAUUGGUAUCCACUUGGAGCAGGAAGAAGUGAUGAAGUUAUUCCGAAUGUGAAUAAUGAGAAUUUUACGCUGACGGAGAUCAAGGAGAGAUUGGAAAUUGUGAAUUUAUGGCAGCGUCAGCAUGGUCGAGAUAAAGAGCUCUGGAUGGGCGAAACCGGCGGAGCCUUCAACAGCGGUCAAAAUACGACAACCAAUCGUUUCAUGUCCCACCGGUGGUACCUCGAUCAGCUUGGCAUCUUCGCCCAGUACAAGCACGAUGCUUAUUGUCGACAAACCCUCAUCGGAGGAAACUACGGUCUGUUACAGAGAACGAACGGGGAGAAUUCUAUCAAUCCAGAUUUCUGGGGAACUGUUUUGUUCAAUUCGCUGAUGGGCGAAUUUGUCCAUGAUGUUCUUCACUCAGGGGAUGAAAAAUUGCAUCUUUACGCGCACCAAAACAAGAAAAAUGAAACAGUCCUCCUUGCUAUCAAUUUCAAUCGAGACGAGCCGAUCGAAAUCAAAAAUAUCAAUGGCUUGUUUGACCUUGAAGUCGACAUUUGGAAAAUGUCCUCGCCCGACGAUCAAAGCUCAGUCGUAUUUCUGAAUGGAAACGAGCUUCCCUUGACGAACACAGUUGAUCCGACGGAAAUGUUUGUUACUAAAACGCUGCCUGUUCAAAUCCCUGCAAAAUCAUACGCUUUUAUUCGAUUUUCUUGA